GAGUGGAAAACGGUUAAACAGGCACCGGCACCGGCUGUGUUUUGUUUAAUUUGGUGAUCAUAAAAGUAAUAGAAAAAAGAAAAUUUAUCUAAAUUUUAGAUACAAUUUAAACAGUAAGUGAACCGCUGUGAGUGGAACCAAUGGAACCCAAAGUUGUCGACCAUUUAGAAAACAAUAGCAAACAGUUUUCACUAACCAAUACUAAAAAAUUAGAACAAGAAAUCACUUGUAGUAAUUGCUCUAAACUUUUAAAUAUAAGCCCAAUUUACACUUUGGAAGAAGAUGAUAGCUCAAAACUGGUGUGUGGUCGAUGUCUCCAUAUUGUAGAGAAAUUUGAAGGUACAAAGUGGAGACAGGUUGCAUAUGAGAAUUUGGCAAAGUUUAUGACAUUCCCAUGUGCUUUUGAAAAAGAAGGAUGCACCUCAAUAUUACCAUGGGAUAAGGUUCUUGACCAUGAAUUGGGAUGUUUCAGUGCCACAAUAAUCUGCCCUGCUUAUGACAAUGGUAUUUAUAAAGGGCCUGAAUGUUCUUGGAAUGGAAAUGCAGCUUAUUUUCAGCAUCACAUUGAGGAAGAUCAUAAAGAUUGGAUAAUUGAUCCGCCAUACUUUGACGAACUUCCUGAAGAGAACAAAAUGUAUUUCACACAUAUAAAUAAAAAAUUAGCAAUGAUAGUCUUUAUAAAAAUAGAUGCCAAAAAUUAUAAAUCUUGCGUAUUUCUCAUUGGAAGUGACAUGGAGAGCCAGUUUUAUAGGUAUCAGUUAGAACUGAAUGAGGGAAAUGAUGCAAACUCCAUACUCUUAAGAAAAGGUAGACUUGAACCAUUUGGUUAUUUUCAAGCUAUUCUUGCAAAUAAAGAAAAACUCUUGGAUAUUAAUUUAGACAUUAUACAACCCAUGGUUAGCCAAAGUAAAGCCAGGAAACCACUUUCAGCUAAAUUCAGUAUUGCCAUGAAACAGAAAAAAGUUAUUAAUCAAAUUUCGGAAGCAUGCGGUGUUAAAUGUAGGAUUCCAAAAUCAAAAGCUUUAAAGCAAACAGUAAAUAAUAUUCUUGAUGAAAAUCUUCUUGCGGAAUUGGUAUGUCCUGUUUGCAUAGAAUUCAUGGUCCCACCAAUUUAUAUAUGUGAAAGCGGACACAGUAUAUGCAGUCAAUGCGUUGAGUUAGUUCGUAUUUGUCCUAAUUGUCGUAGUUCCUUGACAAAGAAAACUCGAAAUUUCACUCUAGAGAACGUAACGACCAGAGUACAGUACCCUUGUAAAAAUCAGGAAAUUGGUUGUGGAUAUUUAACGACUUCUGACAAGAUCCGCAUGCACGAAAAAAACUGUGAUCUGGAAGACAGUCCAUGUGUUUUCAACUGUGGCUUGAAGUUUAAAAAGCCAGCUCUUUUUAAUCAUGUUAAUGAAGAACAUUCUGACCGUGUCUUGGCAUUCAAUGAAAUUCAUACAUUGGAUAUACAAAGUGGUACAAAAGAAUUUGUAUACAUUUUGUUUGCUUCUGGUCAGAUGUUUAAAUUGACUCUAAAAGUUACAGGUAGUUCACAUACUGUCACAUCAAUCAAUAUGCAGCAGUUAAAUCAAAACGAUGAAAACUUGAUAUACCGCUAUAAAUUUGAAUUUGUUGACACCUCGGACAGUCGUUUUAUUACAAGUUUCAAGGGUACAGUACAACCAGGAGGUACCAAACCAAGCAAGUCGACAGAAGUUGUUGUUCCACACAAUAUAAUAACUAAUGCUAUUGACGAUCAUUUUUUAUUUUAUAGGAUUAGUUUAUUCAUCAUUAAUUUGUAAAAGUAAUAAACUUCUUUAAUUGUUUGGUAGCAGGAUUAUAUACGGUAGUAUAAGUCUAAUGUUUCGAGUAACAGCAAAUAUAAUGGUGAAAAUCAUAUUGGCAGCUAACAUUUGAAAAAAAGGUCCAUAAAAAAUAAUGUAGGUCAGGGGUUCCCAACUAAAUUUUUCCAAGGACUCCUUUAUCAAGGUACUACAAUAUCGAGGACCCCCACUAUUUCCUAAAGACCUAAAGUUACCUGAAAAGAUCCAAAAUAUGUAAAAACAAAUCAAACUAAUGCUAUAUAGGAUUUAUUUGUGAAAAUACAGAGUACUUACACAAGU